GCGGGUCAGUGGGGAUUGGCUCUGGAGCUGCAGCGCCCGGAGUAAAAAAAAAAAAAGGUUUCGAAUCGAGAGACGCCUCGAAGGGAAGCCCGAGCAAAACCAACGACCGACAAGCCCAAACGCCGCAAAGGUCGGAUCGCCGCAGACAACAAUGGCGGCAGAAGUGUUACCGCUGGCACAGGUCAAGCUGCCAUCGGGCCCCAGUCCCGUCACGCCCGAGCAGCGAUACUGGAGGUCGUUCAAGAACCAGAAAUCCCAUACGUCGACGGCCUCAUGGCCCAUCUCCCACAUCAGCUUCCCCGCCGCGACGGGCGCGACCUUGUCCAACUCGCUCGUCGCAGCCACCAAGCUCAAUGACCUGUUCGCUGUGACGUCCGGCCCCCGCAUCGACAUCUUCUCGAUCCGCAAGCGCGAGCCCCUCAAGACCAUCGGCCGCUUCGACAGCGAGGCCCACUGCGGCGAGAUCCGCGCCGACGGGAGGGUGUUGGUCGCCGGCGAGGACACGGGCAGGAUGCAGGUGUUUGACGUUGGCGGUGGCACGCGGGCCGUGAUUCUAAAGACAUGGCACAUCCACAAGCAGCCCGUGUGGGUGACCAAGUGGUCGCCCACCGAGCUGACGACGCUCAUGAGCGCCAGCGACGACAAGACGGUUCGCCUGUGGGAUCUGCCUUCGAACGAACCGAGCCGGAUGUUCACGGGCCACUCCGACUACGUUCGCAGCGGUGCGUUUAUGCCGGGCGGGAACAGCAACCUGCUGGUCUCGGGCUCUUACGACGAGACGGUCCGCGUCUGGGAUGCGCGAACGGCCGGCGGCGCCGUCAUGACCUUCAAACACGCCGACCCCAUCGAGGACGUCCUCCCUUUACCGUCCGGAACAACCCUCCUGGCCGCCGCGGGGAACGCCAUCUCGGUUCUCGACCUCGUCGCAGCGAAACCGCUCCGUCUCAUCACAAAUCACCAAAAGACCGUCACGUCGCUCUCCCUCGCGUCCCACGGCCGGCGCGUCGUCAGCGGCAGCCUGGACGGCCACGUCAAGGUGUUCGAGACGACGGACUGGAACGUGGUCGCCGGGUCCAAGUAUCCGAGCCCGAUCCUCUCGCUCUCCGUCGUCACCGCCGGCGCCGCCCGAGAAGACCGGCACCUCGUCGUCGGCAUGCAGUCCGGCGUCCUCUCCAUCCGCACCCGCCUCUCGGGCGCCGCCGCCGAGAAGGCGCGGGACCGCGCGGCGGUCGAGGCCGCGCGCGACAUGGGCACCGCGGCGCUCGAGAAGCUCGACGCCCAGAAGGCCAAGCGGAAGCGCGCGGCCAUGACCAACAAGUCGAUGGACCUCCUCGGCGAGGCCGUCGACGUCAUCAUCCCCACCGACGCCCAGGGCGGCCGCGGGCGUCGCCCCAAGCUCAAGCCGUGGCAGCGCUACUUCCGCCAGGGCCGCUACGCCGCCGCGCUCGACGAGGUCAUCGACAUGACCGACGAGCAGUACCAGCCCGUCACCGCCCUGACCCUGCUCGUCGCCCUCCGCCACCGGUCGGCCCUGCGCGAGGCGCUCGAGGGCCGCGACGAGAUCUCGGUCCUGCCCCUCCUUAAGUGGGUGAGCAAGUAUAUCUCCGACCCGCGGUACCUGAGCAUCUGCGUCGACCUGUCUUUCCACCUUCUGGAUCUCUACAGCGAGCACGUCGGGGGCAGCGCCGAGCUGGCCGCCCAGUUCCAGUCGCUGCUGGGCAAGGUGUCCAAGGAAGUGGAGAAGGCGCAGAUGGCGAUCCAGACGCACGGGAUGGUGGAGAGCUUGAUGUUUGGAGCGAUGCAGUAAAUGGGGAGGGUGCGGCUGUACCAACUUAUCAACCCUUGGGGGAAUGGAAUGGGGAUGUGGGUUACCAAUCUUUCUUUCUUGCAUUGCGCCGGCGUUUCUGGUUCGGGUUUGGGAAAAGAAAAAAAAAUAAGAAUGAAAAUCUAGGCUGUAAGGAUGGGCCAUGCUCAAUGGUUAAUCAAGCUGGUAAAAGAGCAAUCGAUACCUGUGAUACUAUGUUGAGGAAAAUCUAACGAGACUUGAACUGGCU